UCCUUCACUUUCGCGAAAAGUUUUUCUCAUACUGUUUGUGCAGAAAAUACCACUAAAAUUGUGCUUUCGACCCUUUAAAAUGGCUUGCACGUCUUCGGGUGCCGCCGGGGAGACAAAGCCGCCCAGCGGAAAGGUUCCGCCGCGGACGGGAAACGUCCGCCUGGAGGGAAUCGGCAGCCGCGUGAUUCGAGGUCCGGAUUGGAAGUGGGCCAAGCAGGAUGGCGGUGAAGGUCACUGUGGAACAGUGCGGAACUUCGAGUCGUCUGAAGAAGUGGUGGUCGUGUGGGACAACGGCACGGCGGCGAACUACCGGUGCGCCGGGGCGUACGAUCUGCGGGUGCUGGACAGCGCCCCGACGGGCAUCAAGCACGAGGGCACGAUGUGCGACACGUGCAGACAGCAACCGAUCUUCGGGAUUCGCUGGAAGUGCGCCGAGUGCGCCAAUUACGACCUCUGCUCCAUUUGCUAUCACGGAGACAAGCACCAUCUGCGUCAUCGCUUCUACCGCAUCUCGACGCCAGGCGGCGACCGGACGCUGCUGGAGCCGCGCCGCAAGUCCAAGAAGAUUGCCGUGAGGGGCAUUUUUCCAGGGGCGCGGGUAGUGCGCGGCGUGGAUUGGCAGUGGGAGGACCAGGAUGGCGGCAACGGUCGCCGCGGGAAGGUGAAUGAGAUUCAGGACUGGUCGGCAGCCUCUCCGCGAUCCGCUGCUUACGUCGUGUGGGACAAUGGAGCGAAGAAUCUGUAUCGCGUGGGCUUCGAAGGCAUGGCGGAUCUGAAGGUGGUCAACGAUGCUAAAGGGACUACUGUGUACAGGGAUCAUUUGCCGUUGUUGGGCGAGAAUGGGCCCGGCAAGGGCCCGAAUGGCUUCCACAUUGGCGAUCAGGUGUCCGUGGAUCUGGAGCUGGAGAUUGUACAAUCGCUGCAGCAUGGUCACGGUGGCUGGACUGAUGGAAUGUUUGAGUGUCUCAACAAUCCGGGCACAGUCGUUGGCAUCGAUGAGGAUCACGAUAUUGUGGUGGCUUAUCCCAGCGCAAAUCGGUGGACUUUUAAUCCAGCAGUCUUGACGAAGAUCGCCUCUCCGGUGUCCUCAUCUGGUGAGGGAUCAUCGCAGCAAUUUGCUGUUGGGGAUUUCGUGAAGAUCUGCAGCGACUUGGAGCGCAUCAAGAAUCUUCAGCGCGGUCAUGGCGAGUGGGCGGACGCGAUGAUUCCGACACUCGGCAAAGUUGGCCGUGUCCAGCAAGUUUACCAUGACAAUGACUUGAAGGUGGAAGUGGGUAGAACUUCGUGGACUUACAAUCCAUUGGCGCUGACUAAAGUCGCUUCGGCGUCCGAUGGGACUGUUCCAGUCACAUCAAGCGGUGAGCGUCUGUCGGCGAUCCUGAAGAAGCUCUUCGAACCUCAUGUGUCCGGCGAUGCGACUGAGGAGUUGGUGAAGGCUGCCGCUAAUGGGGAUCAUGUAAAGUGUGAGGAGUUUCUCACAGGAUGCGCUCAGGAUGGCGCUGGAGCGUCGAAUACAUCAAUGGCAAAUGUUAAUGGCGUGUUUGCUGGACACACAGCUCUGCAGGCGGCGAGCCAGAAUGGACAUCUGGAGGUGAUUCAGGUGUUGCUGAGACACAGCGCCGAUGUGGAGAUUGAAGACAAGGAUGGUGAUCGUGCUGUUCACCAUGCCGCCUUCGGAGAUGAACCUGGUGUGGUGGAGUUGCUCGCGAAGGCCGGCGCUGAUCUCAAUGCGCGCAACAAGCGCCGUCAGACGGCCCUCCACAUUGCCAUCAACAAGGGCCACUUGAAUGUCGUGAAGACCCUCCUCGAGCUGAAUUGCCACACGAGUCUGCAGGAUUCGGAGGGCGACACGCCACUUCACGAUGCAAUCUCGAAGGAGCAAGACGAAAUGCUGUCUCUUCUGCUGGACUUUGGUGCUGAUAUCACGCUGACCAACAACAAUGGCUUCAAUGCACUGCAUCAUGCGGCACUGAAGGGUAAUCCCAGUGCGAUGAAAAUCCUCUUAACCAAGACGAAUCGUCCGUGGAUUGUGGAGGAGAAGAAGGACGAUGGAUACACGGCGCUACAUUUGGCAGCAUUGAACAAUCACGGCGAAAUAGCAGAUUUGCUGGUGCACAUGGGAAAGGCGAACAUGGAUAAGCAGAAUGUGAAUCUCCAGACAGCACUUCAUCUUGCUGUCGAGCGACAACAUGUGCAAAUUGUCAAACUUUUGGUGCGAGAAGGUGCCAAUUUGAAUAUUCCUGAUAAGGAUGGCGAUACUCCACUUCAUGAAGCACUCCGUCAUCAUACACUAUCGCAACUUCGUCAAUUGCAGGAUGUGGAGGGAUUUGGAAAGCUCCUCAUGGGAUUGAGAAAUCACACUGACAAGAAGGCGUCAGCCUCAAUUGCGUGCUUCUUGGCCGCAAAUGGGGCGGAUUUGACGAUAAAGAACCGCAAACUGCAAACACCGCUCGAUCUCUGUCCGGAUCCGAAUCUCUGCAAGACGCUGGUCAAGUGCUACAACGAACGCAAGACGGAUGAUAUGGACUUGCCGGGAAAUAUGGCGGGCAGCAAUGUGAGCACUGGGCCGCCCGUUCCUGUGCCGCCGCCGGAGCCCACGACGCGAGGGCCGCUGGACGAGUGUGUUGUGUGUUCCGAGCAGAAGAGGGAUACUGUGUUCAAGCCAUGUGGACAUGUUUGCUGCUGCGACAAUUGCUCAGUGCGCGUGAAGAAGUGUCUCAUCUGUCGUGAGACGGUUUCAUCGCGUGAGAAGAUUGACGAAUGCUUGGUAUGCUCCGAUCGUCGAGCAUCGGUGUUCUUCAAGCCGUGUUGCCACAUGGUGGCGUGCGAAAAUUGCGGUCCCAUCAUGAAGAAGUGCGUGGAAUGUCGCACGCAAAUUGAACAGAUGGUUCCCCUGGUCGUUUGCUGCGGAGGCCAGGGCACGAUUUCCAAGGUGUCUGCGUCGCAGGACGACAAGAAGGAGCCCGUGGCGCCACAAGGUGUCAACAAGGCGGGCCAGGGAGUGUCGAUGAAUAACGCGGCUGGGGCGACAGUGGCCGCGAUCACGACACAAAUGGCGAAUGCAAACAUCAAUAACAUCCAGCUUGAUGACGUGCAGAAACUUCAGCAGCAACUGCAGGACAUCAAAGAGCAGACAAUGUGUCCGGUGUGCUUUGACAGGAUUAAAAACAUGGUGUUUCUCUGCGGUCACGGCACCUGCCAAAUGUGCGGUGACCAAAUUGAAGGGUGUCCAAUUUGUCGGAAGACUGUCGAGAAGCGGAUUCUGCUAUUUUAAGAUACGCUAUAUAGAAAAACAUUCGGAAUUAUAUUUAGUGGAAAAAAGUUCACAAGCCCAGAUCAUUUCUUAUUUAAACGUGGGAUUUUCGGCACAGAUUACUCGCAGGGUGGGGCCAUAAAAAGUGAGAGAGAGAGAGAGUAUCUCCUUGAAUGAGAAAGUGGCGAGAAGAAUAAGAGGAUGAGGUGAUGAAGAGGAAGCAAUAUAAGCUGAUUGAAAGCCAAGUGUUUCUCCGAAAUCUCAUUCGUGUACCCCAAUGUCAAUAAAGAGGAACCCCCUCGUUAUAUA